UGGGUCUGUGGUCUAAUGUGCAUCUACUGUGGGGGUCCUGGACAUGAGGAAGUUUGGGAACCCUCCGCUUAAUGUUCACACAAUAUUCCUAAUGAUUGUGAAAAUUUCCAUUACAGUUUGUCAGGGUUUAAGAUUACGUCUUCAGAUUGCUUGUUUUGUCUGACCAAGAGUCAAAAACCCAAAGAUAAUACUUUUACAAUGAUUUAUAAUCACCACCGUGUAAGAGAGGGAACUAGUGAAUGUAGGUAGAUGCUGAUGUUUAAAGUAACAAUGAUAGAUAACAGAUGUUUGUUAUGAUUGUUAUUUAUUUGCCCUUUUGUGGCAGGGAAACUACAAAAAUACAAUUUGUGCCAGUGCUGCAAAACAGAGGUUAAUAUUUCUCCAAUAAGCAACACAACAUUUAAAUCAACACAACAGGGCAAUGAUUUACCGAUGUCAGCCAACAAGGUUGUCCUCUCGUCUCUGCAGACAUGGCCUCAGCUCCAGCACAGCAGCCCACCCUCACUGUUGAGCAGACCAGAGUGGUACUGAGUGAGGUGAUCCAGGCCUUCUCAGUACCAGAAAAUGCAGCGAGGAUGGAGGAAGCUCGAGAAAGUGCCUGUAACGACAUGGGGAAGAUGCUGCAGCUUGUGCUCCCUGUGGCCACCCAGAUUCAACAAGAGGUUAUCAAAGCCUACGGCUUCAACAAUGAAGGAGAGGGUGUCCUAAAGUUUGCCAGAUUGGUGAAGAUGUACGAAACCCAGGACCCUGAAAUUGCAGCCAUGUCAGUUAAACUGAAGUCUCUCCUCCUGCCGCCGCUGUCAACGCCACCUAUAGGAGGCGCCAUUCCAGCAUCAUAGGAAUUAUUUACAUUCAACUGCAAGGUUACGCUCAUCUAAUGCUUUUGGAUCAACAUAAACUUACUGUAAUUCCAACAUGUUCUCUAUCAUCCACUUCUGAGGAAUAAUGGAAAAACUUAAACUCAACACACUAAUACGUUCCAACAAAGAUGGAAUUCAUAUUUUAUCUAAAUUAUGGAUUCAUUGAAAGCAUCCUUGCAAAAACAUGUUAAAUUAUUGCUUUUAAAUGUUUCAGUAUUUAUUUGUUACACUUUGACCAUUUUUUUUUAUGUCAUUGAACCUUGAAUAUUUCCUUUAAUGCCAUCUUUUUUCUUUUAAAAAAAUCAUUUUAAACAUUUUAUAUGCUGUCAGAUGUAUCAAAUGUUGUGCUUUUGUUAUAUAUUAAAAUGAAAAAAAAGGUUU